AUGGCCGCUGUGACGAGAGACCUCUUCCUGGAUGCAUCCACCAGCUAUGUAAUGGGGGAGGAGAGCCAGAAUCAGGCUGCUGAGCAGGUGAUGCAAGAGCAUCUGGGCCGUCAUGUCAACUACCUGGACGAGAACUUCCUGGAAGUACUGCAGCAGUACAUUGCCAGCAGCAAGGAUGAGCGCAUCACCGACCUGCUCAAGCUCAUGCGGCAACAGGUUUUGCAGCAGCUCUCGCGGCACCUUCAGGAGGCCCGGCAAGCAAUCAUCGAGCAGUACCUGUGGGCAGCUGGCACGGCCCUGCCGUCGCAGCCUGCAUCAGCGGGGUCAGGCGACGAUGUGCCAGACGAAGUCCAGUCCCCCACCCAGCGCAUCAGGGCGCUGGCCAACGCAGCUUCCCAGGUCGUCGCGCACAUGGAAGCUGCAGACAAGGUCCUGGAUCGCCGGCUGCUGGCCCGCCUCUGCCUCGUCCUGCUCGACCUGGAGGAGGAAACGGCGUCCCCCGGGCGUGACGGGCACGGCGCGGUGACUGCGGUACCCAAUGCCAUGCCCAGCCCCUUCUUCUUUGACGCCGACUCGCUGUAUGUGCGGCUGGAGGUCGUGCCACCCCACAUCAUGGCCUUUGUCAAGGAGCUACUGGCCGUGCCAGGGCCGGACGAGAGGAUCGGGGCAUUAACGAGGGCGUUUGCGACGGGGUGGAGCGGCCGCCCGGGCGCUGCAUCCUCCAAGGACGACAUCCGGCCUGGGAAGUUCCUGUAUGUCCUCGGCGCCAUCAGGGCGCUGCUGCCCGCUGGUGCCAACCAGCGGGGCCCCGCCCUGGGUCUUGCGGCCUCGCCCCUCGUCCUGGAACGCCUCGCCGCCAUCCAGCGAGACGCACGGGCCGCCCUGAUCCGGGCAGGCGGGCUGGCGGACUGA